AUGGCCCCGAUCUCCAACCUCGGCCUCAAGGCCGCCCUCUUCCUCCUCCCUUUCGCCAGCGCCGCGUCGUGCUCCAACCAGACGCACACGCGCAACGGCCUGACCUGGACCCCGCGCGCCGUCCGCAUGAACCACGUCCAGGUCAUCGGCACCCACAACUCGUACCACCGCGAGGCCCCGCUCGCCGAGCACCCGGCCCAGGCCGCCAUCCUCCCCAACGUCCAGAACUACUACUACUCCCACCCGGCCCUCGACGUCCAGGCCACCUACCAGUCCAUCCGCAACUUCGAGCUCGACAUCUUCGCCGACCCGGACGGCGGCCACUACGCCACCCGCCUCGUCCGGAGACACGCCGGCCUCGACGACGCCCCGGACCCGGACCUCCUGGCCCCGGGCAUCAAGGUCCUCCACGUCGCCGACGCCGACUACCACACCACGUGCAAGACCCUGACGGCCUGCCUCAGCGUCGUCAAGGCCUGGAGCGACGCGCACCAGGACCACGUGCCGAUCCCGUUCAUGAUCGAGUUCAAGACCUCCGAGGCCGCCAUCGCGGCCGCCGCCGGCGCCGCGCCCAUCCCCUGGAACGACACCGCCCUGCUGCGGGGUCUCGACGACGAGAUUCGCGCCGUCUUCGGCCCGGACCGCCUCGUCACCCCGGACGACCUCCGCCGCGGGAACCUGACGCUCGAGCAGUCCGUCCUACGCCACGGCUGGCCCGACCUCGAGAGCGCGAGGGGCAGGGUACUGUUCCUCAUGGACAACGGGCCCGUCCACCCCGUCCGCGACGCCUACACCGACGGCCGCCCGAACCUCGAGGGCCGCGUGCUCUUCACCAACUCGGCGCCGGGCAACCCUGACUGCGCGUUCCAAAAACUCAACGACCCCACGGGCGCCGAGCAGGCCAACAUCCGCGCCCAGGUCGCCGCGGGCUACUGGGUCCGCACCCGCGCCGACGUGCCCCUCGACACGUUGUUUUCCAACGACACGACGGCCAUGCGCGAGGCCGCCUUCGCGAGCGGCGCCCAGGUCGUCUCCACCGACUUCCAGGCCUACGGCAUGAGCACCCGCUGGGACGUCGACUACGCCGUGCGCUUCGAGGGGGCCGCUGCCGUGCGGUGCAACCCCGUCACCGCGGCCGAGGGGUGCGACGACGCCGCGCUGGAGCCCGUCGAGUACGUCCGGAACUAA